AACAGUUCACGUGCAUAUGUGUGUGUAUGAGAAUGUCGGCACAUAUCGGGUGAAAGAGUGUGUGUUUGCUUUUGAGUGUGUCAUUUACCGAUUUGAAGAACCUCACAGAUCCUCUCCUACAGUCUCCGCUCCUAAUGAAGCCUCCUCUGGUCACUGUUGAGAUUUCUGUAUUGGCAUCGGUGUUGCCAUGGACACUGCUUUCUAUGUUGCUAGGGCGAUAGUCUUUGAACACUGGAGUUACUGGAGUUCUGUUCUCCACGGAGCACAAGCAGAUGUUGAGCGCAAAACUCAUCAUAUCUAAUAAAACCGUCUCCAACUUCCACUUUCUUUCUCAUUCUUCCUUCUCUGAAGUUUCAUCCUCAGGGUGAUUUUUUUCUGGAAGAUGUUUUUAAAUGUUGAUCCUCUCCUCCCAGUAGAUCCCUUCACUCCAGCGGCUGGUACAGCUGAUCAGUCCCUUCAGCUGGACCUGUUCUCCAUGCAGCCAGUAGAUGACAGUAACUCUCUCUUUAGCUCAGUGGCAUCCACUUCUGUCCAGGCGUCUGUCUCCACCACCAGCAGCACUGUAGACCCCACUGCUUCCUCAGCCCCGACGAUAGACCUGUUUGCUGAUUUUUUUGAUCCCAUGCCAGAUUCAUCUGUUCCCAAAAUAGACCCAAACCCCAGUCUAGACCAGUUUUCAGCAGAUGUGUUUCGUCCUCCUGCUGCUUCUCUGUCGGCCCCUGUGAUCUGGCCAGACAGCGGCGCAAAUCUGGACCUGUUUGGUGGUUGGUAUCUACCCAGUUUGCAUGCUGGGGGUUUGAUUUGCAUGUCUUGCUCAGAUGGUUGCUGUGGAUUCUGUUAAAGCUGAUGGUUGAUGGACCAAGCAGUGGUUGUGAGAGAUUUCCUGAGCUGAUAGUAGUACAAAAGGCUCCAAUGAGGUGUAUGUGUGCGCUUUGGUGUGAGGUUGUUUCUUUGGCUUUUAUAUAUGUGUGAUAACACUCUCUCUCUGUCUCUUGCUCUUGGGUUGUUUCUCAGUUUAAUGGCUUUGGCUCACUCUAACCUUUUUUAC